CUCACAGAGAAAUCUUUCGGCAAUUCAGCAUCACUUUGCCCUCCUUCGCCGACGCCACCCGCGGUCUCACCAUCCGAGAAGACAAUCAACCAUACAGAUACAUCCCACGCAUUUCAUCAGCAAGACCCCUAAGCACGCAAUGCUCAUCCCCCGCAUCAUCAGCCAAUCGCCACGCCGGCUUCAUGUCGUCCUUCAAACCCCACGUCUGUGGCCGCACUGCACGCCGCGGCGGCACGCUUCCAGCAGCAAGCCAGCGGAUGAUGCUCAGAGCGAUGCCCACGGCCAGCAGGGCGAGACCCAAGGAUUGCCUGCACCGGGCCAGGGUGUCACGCUGGACAUGAGCGACGGGGACACAAGUGCCAAGCUGAGUCAGUUGGGACCUUUGGUCGUCAACAGAGAUGGCACGACGGGACGGGUCUCGAAUUGGGAGACGAUGACUACACAUGAGCAGGAGACUACGCUGCGGUUGCUCAAGAUGCGGAACAAGGCCCGGCUCGACGAGCUCAAGGCCAAGAAGAACGAGGCGGCGGAAUGACUGAAAGUGGUAUCGAUUUUAAUUAUAUUGCAGCAGAUUUGACAAGCGACAAAAACACCUUUCCAUCUUCUUUUUAUCAGCAGUGCCCUGGAUCAGGAACAGCACGCCCUCGUCGCCUUCGUAGAGACAUCACACGUUCGAUCAUUGUGCCUACAAGCACGUAGUAUCCCCAGUCCCC